CGAGGCACGCUGGCAGUUCGAGUCAUUUAGCAAAAAUCAAGAGAGACGCGUAACUGUGUGUAUUCCACACAAGAAAAAAAUCAGUACCGUGUAUUGAAAACAAUAUACAGAAAAUAUUUUAAGACUAUAGUGCAUUCUACGACUACGUACGAUUCAUAGAAAUUCAAGUAGCAGCAAAAUUUUAAAGUUAGAGACAAGUAAAGUGAACUUGAAAGCAGAAAAUUAGCACGCAGCUGCCAACUAAUUAAGUUAAGAGCAGGACGCUAGAGGGAAGGAAAAUGGGUAAAGAUUUCUAUAAGAUAUUGGGUAUUGACAAGAAGGCCACAGACGACGACAUUAAGAAAGCGUAUCGAAAAUUGGCACUUAAAUACCAUCCCGACAAGAACAAGAGUCCACAGGCCGAGGAACGCUUCAAGGAGAUCGCCGAGGCAUAUGAAGUGCUCUCAGAUAAGAAGAAGCGCGACAUUUUCGAUCAGUAUGGAGAGGAUGGCCUGAAGGGCGGUCCACCUGGCCAAGAAGGUUGCGGUCCUUCCGGUGCCUACACUUAUCAGUUCCAUGGAGAUCCACGUGCCACUUUUGCACAGUUCUUUGGCUCACAGAAUAUCUUUGGCACGGCGGAUCCAUUUGGCCCAUUCUUUGGAGGCGGCUCCGGUGAUGGCACCGAACAAGUGUUUAUGAACAUUGGCGGCGAUGAGAUGUUCGGCGGUGGCGGCUUUGGUGGCAACCCCAUGGGCGCCUUCCGUUCACAAUCGUUCAAUGCACAGGCGCCUAGCCGGAAACGUCAGCAACAAGACCCGCCCAUCGAGCAUGAUUUGUAUGUGACACUGGAGGAAGUUGACAAAGGCUGCACAAAGAAAAUGAAAAUCUCUCGCAUGUCCAUGGCCACGGGCACGGCGCGCAAAGAGGAAAAGGUGCUGAGCAUCAAUGUAAAGCCCGGCUGGAAGGCAGGCACCAAGAUCACAUUCCCCAAAGAAGGCGACCAGGCACCACAGAAAGUGCCCGCGGAUAUCAUCUUCAUCAUACGAGACAAGCCGCAUUCGCAAUUCAAGCGCGAGGGCAGCGACUUGCGCUACAUCGCUCCACUCAGUCUAAAGCAGGCGCUGUGCGGCGCUUCGGUGUCGGUGCCGACGCUGCAGGGCGACAGCAUACGUAUAUCAGUCAAUACGCAAGGCGAAGUCAUCAAACCCACGACAGUGAAACGUAUUAGUGGGCGUGGCUUGCCUUUCCCCAAGGAACCAUCGCGGCGUGGCGACCUGAUUGUCGCUUUCGACAUCAAAUUCCCCGAUACAGUGUCACCCAGUUUAAGAAAUCAACUUGCGGAGCUGUUGCCCAACUAAAGUAGACCAUGUAGAGCUUUAAUCACCUGCAAAAAUUUGUAUAGUAUAUGUUAUAGUUUAAGCUCUAAUUUUAGUUAACAAUCCUUAUCCUAAUACUGGGAACACAAAAUUCAUUUGUCGGCUGAGGCUUGUGAUGUUUUACCGUACAACGCAUAGCAUGCCAAAACUAUGGUUAAGAAUUUCCCUGUUGAUUCUAUAUCUCCCCAACUUAGAGCCGAUGUAGAUAUAAAUGCAAAUGCAACACCUUAGAGUCGCGUUCGAGCGAUAAGAUAAGAUAUGAAAAUACAAAACACUGAUUCACUUACACAUUAUGUAUAAGAUAGCUGAAAGUGUUUUGAGCUGGAGACUGAUCGGUUACCUAAUUAUGUUUAUUAAAUACCGCAUACUCUAAAACAAUAAAUCCAAAUAACUAUAUUGUAAUGCCAAAUUGUUGAAACUGUUUCCCAAAUGUAAUUUACUACAAAGCAAGCAUAUCUGAAACAAUUCUACUUCGUGACACCAGCCAGCUCCUCCCAACAAUAUCUAAAAGAAACACUCCGCUCUUAGGCACAUGGGCUAUUAUUAAACAUAAAACAAGAAAACACACACAUACAAUUAAACUAGUACGUUUUAGUACGAUAAUUAUUUGUAAAAUAAAAAAAGAGAAAAGUAUUUAAUAAAUUAAUUACCA